AUGGCCAAAUCCAGAGAAAUCAUGGUCACGCAUGGCCUUCACAUUGAUUUCGCAGGUCUGAUACAUGGACAAUGGGUACUCGUCAUUGUCGACAGCUACUCCAAAUUCGUAGAAGCAGGAUGGUUCUCAACAAUAACAUCGGCAGCAACAUGUCGAUAUCUGCGAAGACUCUUUAGUAGAUAUGGACCUCCUGAAGUACUAGUUUCAGAUAACGGUACUCAAUUCACUUCAGUAGAAUUCGCGCAACUGUGCGCCGAAUUUCGAAUUCUUCACCUGCGUACUCCUCCUGGGCAUCCACAAUCAAAUGGUCAAGCCGAGAGAAUGGUCAGAACAUUGAAAAGUUCUAUCGACACAAGUAAAAGUUCACAAUUAGAAACGGAAUUAAACAAGUUUGUUUACGUAUACAACUACACACCCAGUGAUGCGGUCUCCAGCAGAAAUAUUCCAGAUCAUAAGUCUCCAGCAGAAAUAUUCUUUGGACGUAAGCUUAGAACUCCAUUAGAUAUGUUUACUGCAACCGAAAAACCUAAUCUAAAUCUUACUUCUUAG